AUGUUCAAGAGCGGCAUUUCCUCCUUCGCCCGCGCGGCUCGCCCGGCCGUCGUCCCUCGACGUGCCCUCCGACCUUCAUCUCUCCGACUCCCCAUCUCCAGCCGAUGGGCGAGCACUGCCAGCGUCGGCACCGGCAAGAUUCACCAGGUCAUCGGUGCCGUCGUCGACGUCAAGUUCGAUACUCAGAAGCUCCCCGCCAUUCUCAACUCUCUUGAGACUGAGAACAAUGGCCAGAAGCUCGUUCUCGAGGUUUCCCAACAUUUGGGAGAGAACGUCGUCCGUUGCAUUGCUAUGGACGGUACUGAGGGUCUCGUCCGAGGUGCUUCCGCCCAGGACACCGGUGCUCCCAUCACCAUUCCUGUCGGACCCGCCACUCUUGGUCGUAUCAUGAACGUCACUGGUGACCCCAUCGACGAGCGUGGUCCCAUCAAGACUGACAAGCGCCUUCCUAUCCACACCGAAGCCCCCGAGUUCGUCGAGCAGUCCACCUCUGCUGAGGUUCUUGUCACUGGUAUCAAGGUCGUCGAUCUUCUUGCUCCCUACGCCCGUGGUGGAAAGAUUGGUUUGUUCGGUGGCGCUGGUGUCGGCAAGACUGUGUUCAUUCAGGAGCUCAUCAACAACAUCGCCAAGGCCCACGGUGGUUACUCCGUCUUCACCGGUGUCGGUGAGCGAACCCGUGAGGGUAACGAUUUGUACCACGAAAUGCAGGAGACUUCCGUCAUUCAGCUUGAUGGCGAGUCCAAGGUCGCCCUGGUCUUCGGUCAGAUGAACGAGCCCCCUGGAGCUCGCGCCCGUGUCGCCCUUACCGGUUUGACGGUGGCUGAAUAUUUCCGUGAUGAAGAGGGUCAGGACGUGCUGCUUUUCAUUGACAACAUUUUCCGAUUCACUCAGGCCGGUUCCGAGGUGUCUGCCCUUCUUGGUCGUAUUCCCUCUGCCGUCGGUUACCAGCCCACCCUGGCCGUCGACAUGGGUGGUAUGCAGGAGCGUAUUACCACUACCACCAAGGGCUCCAUUACCUCAGUCCAGGCUGUCUACGUCCCUGCUGACGAUUUGACUGAUCCUGCCCCUGCCACCACUUUCGCCCAUUUGGACGCCACCACUGUCUUGUCUCGUGGUAUCUCUGAGUUGGGUAUCUACCCCGCUGUCGACCCUCUCGAUUCUAAGUCCCGUAUGUUGGAUCCCCGAGUUGUUGGUCAAGAGCACUACGACGUCGCCACCCGUGUCCAGCAGAUCCUCCAGGAGUACAAGUCUCUUCAGGAUAUUAUUGCCAUUCUGGGUAUGGAUGAGUUGUCUGAGGCCGACAAGCUUACUGUCGAGCGUGCCCGUAAGAUCCAGCGUUUCCUGAGCCAGCCUUUCACUGUCGCCCAGGUUUUCACUGGUAUCGAGGGUAAGCUCGUUGACCUUAAGGAGACCAUCAACUCCUUCAAGGCCAUCCUUAACGGUGAAGGUGACAACCUUCCUGAGGGUGCCUUCUACAUGGUUGGUGACUUCGCCUCCGCCAAGGCCAAGGGUGAGAAGAUUCUUGCUGAGCUUGAGGGUCAGUAA